CCUGUUUUCAGCAUGAUGCUGCCAAAAACGUGGACAGGAGGCUUGUUUCAGGGUGCGGGCCAAUGCUUAAUCUGAAACCCGGGCAAAUUAAGGUGCUGCCCCUUCAAAAAAAGCCCUGGUGUCCGCUUCCUCUAUAAAGGCAUCCAGCUCCGUGUCUCCUCAAGUUGAUGCGAUUUUACUUUCUCUUCUCAUCCCUUCCUCCCGGUGGCAAUCUCAUUCCUUUCAUUGACGGCACUGGUGGCCUCGACCGUUCUUUACAUACCUUAAUCCUCCUAUCCUACUCCACUACAUUCUUUAUCGCAUCCGCUUCAACUUCAAAAUGCAAGUCCUUAGCACUCUCGCACUCCUGCCCGCCGUGGCACUGGGUGCCGUCCUGCCUGCUGCCCUUCAGAGCGGCACCAAGGUGGCCAAACGCGACUCGUGGGGAGGCAGUGUGUCGCUGGGUCCCACCAAGUCUGACAUCAUUAAUGCGGUGACCACCCUCAUCCCCGGCACGGCCCCUGCCACCCAGAACGGCGAGCUCUUCCUCUGGCCUGGUAUGAGCAACGGCACUGGAGAUCUCAUCCAGACCACCAUGGAGAGCUGGCCCAGCAACGCCUGGUGCGGUGCCACUACGGGCCAAUGGUGUGUGCGCGCCAGUAUCUUUGGUUCCUUCGGCCAGCUCGAUGGCACUGGCUCCGCUGUCAGCGGUGACGACCACGUUCGCAUCGAGUACAACCUGCUUUCCGACGAUAACACCUGGGUGCAGACGGUCACCAAUGCCUUGACCGGUGCCGCGCUGUCGAACUACUCCUACGCGUCGGGUCCUUACAUGACUGGUUAUGGAACAGGCACCGAGUGUGACUCCGACUGCACGGGCACGGUGGCUGCCCAGGUGUACCUCAACACCACCAUCACCCUCCGUGAGGCCGACACCACCUUUGGUGACACUAUCGCGACUGGCGCCGGCGCCACCUACACCGGCCUGAGCUCGAGUGAGGGUGGUAAGGUGUGGACCAUUGCGACCAUCAACAUCCCCGCCAUGGGAUCGGAGACUGCCGUCGCCUCGUCCACCUCUGCCGCCACGGCCCACUCGACCCCCGUCGAGACUGCUGUCGCCGUUGUGGACGAAUCCAGCACCGCUGCCACGUCUGUCGCGACUUCUUAUGCCUCUGCCUCUGCCGCUUUCGGCGAUGACGCGAAUGCUGCUCCCUCCGCCUUGUCCUCUGGACAGCGCUCCGGCCAUGGGCUCGGUGGUGCCCCCAAGCCCAGUGAGAGUGUAGGCGCUGCUCCUUCCGGUGCCUUUGAUCAGGGCUUCGGUUUUGGUCCUCGUCCUUCCGGUGCUGCUCCUUCCGGACAGCACACCAAGCACCACGGCCACGAGGGCCACCACACCAAGCACCAUGGUCACCAGGGCUCCGGCCAUGGCCGCGGCGGACACUCGAAGACGGCUUCUCAGCCGGCUGUCGCGCCUGCUGCCACGUCUGCUGGCGCUGCUCCCUCGGGCUUUGUCUCCAGCCAGGGCGGAAAGAGCCCCAAGGCUGAUUCCGGGAAGCAGGGAAACUUCUAAGCGCAGGGUUGACCGACAUUCAGAGUGGUGAUCGAGAGCAGUAAAGCAGCUAUGCAUAUAUACCGUAAAUAUAGUCAAUAUUCUUUCGCCCUAAACAUGGGUUUCACGGACCAUAUUCCGUAGCCUAUCCUGACGACCCAUUCCUUGGAGUCAUGAGUGACCG